GCGGGCCCGUCUGCGCACGCGCGCCUCCGCAGUGACGCUGUGGCGACAGGGGCUUUUGUUGGCUCGAAGCCGCCUCCGCUACUCCAAAGGUGUGGACUGCUACAGAACCUGUUUCAGGAGCCUUAGGAGCCACGUACAAGAAACUAGCUUCCUGAAGAAUUCUAAAGUUUUCAUUUGUACAAGCCCACUACUGCAUUAAUAAGAAGGUCAGGAAGAGAAGCUAAGCUAGGAGCACAUCGUGUUUAUUUGCUACCACAACUGACUCCUGAAAAAGAAAGCUUCGUUCCUCAAAUGACACCUGAAGAGAGAUCUUAGGGAGCAAGCAAAAAAGUAAACCUAAGACUGGACUGAAAGGGCAGUAGUAGUCUCUCGGUAACCGAGGAUGACGAUUGUCUUUGUGUGUUUUUGUGCACAAAGACACUUGUGCAUGAAGAUGUAAGUGGAAAAGUCGAUGCACAGAGACAGUCCCACUCUCUCGGCGUUGGAAGCCUGGGUCUUUUAGGAACAAGUAGAGACCACAAAUCUAUACGCUUCAUUGCCCCUACUAGGGAUAACUGACUUUAUACAGAAAAGUCUGGGACACUAGGUCUGGGGCUAAUAAAUCAACUCCAAAGGAAUAAAUUUCUGAAGAAGGAUCAUCUCAGAUGGUAAUAAUGGAACCACAAGAUAGUCCCUACAACCCCAAGUUAAUAGAAACCCAGGAAUGUGAUGCUUGGUUAAAGAAACAACUGGCAAAUGAGGAGAGACAUUUGAGACAAGCAACCAUCACCCACAAUGAAACUCCUAGAGGAGGUCAUGAAUAUAGUCAAUAUGGGAGAAAAUAUAAUCUAAAGUCAACCCUUAUUACAAAACAGAAAAUUCCGAUAGAAAAGACACUACAUAAAUGUGAUAUACAUGGAAAGAACUUAAAACCAAAUUCAGAUAUAAUUAAACAUCAGGAAAAUACAGAGAAGAAAACAUAUAAAUGUAAUGAUUGUGAAAAAGUUUACAAUGACCUCUCAACCCUUACUCAGCAUUAUAUACUUCAUACUGGAGAGAGACCCUACAAAUGUAAUGAUUGUGGGAAAGCUUUCAGUCGGAGUUCAUCCCUUAAUAAGCAUCAGAGGAUUCAUACUGGAGAAAAACCCUAUGAGUGCAAUGAAUGUGGGAAAGCCUUUCUUCAGAGCACACACUUUAUUCAACAUCAGAGAAUUCAUACUGGAGAGAAACCUUAUGGAUGUAAUGAAUGUGGGAAAUCCUUCAGCCAAAGCUCCUAUCUCAAUCAACACCAGAGAAUUCAUACUGGAGAGAAACCUUAUGAAUGUAAUGAUUGUGGGAAAACAUUCAGUCGGAGUGCCCACCUUACUCAACAUCAGAGAAUUCACACUGGAGAGAAACCAUUCAAAUGUGAUGAAUGUGGGAGAGCCUUCAGUCGCAACUCCUCCCUUUUUGAACAUCAGAAAAUUCAUACAGGAGACAAACCCUAUGAGUGUAAUGAAUGUGGCAAGGCCUUCAGCCAGAGCACACUCCUUACUCAGCAUCAAAGAAUUCAUACUGAUGAUAAAUCCUAUAAAUGCAGUGAAUGUGGGAAAGCCUUCAGCCGGAGUUCAUGCCUUUCUAAACACCAGAGAAUCCACACUGGAGAGAAACCCUAUAAUUGUAAUGAAUGUGGGAAAGCUUUUAGUCAAAGCUCAUGCCUUUCUAAACAUCAGAGAAUUCAUACUGGAGAGAAACCCUAUGGAUGUGAUAUAUGUGGAAAAGCUUUUAGUCAGAGCACACACCUUACUGAACAUCAGCUUAUUCAUACUGGAGAAAAACCUUAUGAAUGUAUUAAAUGUGGGAAGAUGUUUAGUCGUAAGUCAUCUCUUCUUGAACAUCAAUUUAUUCACACUGGGGAAAAGCCUUACGAGUGUGUUAAAUGUGGAAAAACAUUUAGUCGAAAAUCAUCCCUUAUUGAGCACCAGUUUAUUCACACUGGAGAGAAACCCUAUAAAUGUAAUGAAUGUGAGAAAACCUUUAGCCAGAGGUCAUGCCUUUCCAAACAUCAGAGAAGUCAUACUGAAGCCAAGCACUAUGAGCUGAAUGAUUCAGGAAAUCAUUGAUAUGUAGUUUGAAUCUCAUAAAAUUUCAGGUAAUUCACGUUUGAGAAUAAUGUAACCCAGUGACUGAGGAAAACUCAACUAAACUUGUCAUUUUGCUAAAUACUUGAGAGUCAAAGCAGCGCAGUUUGUUACCAACUAUAAUGUUGUGUAGGGAUCUGGAAAAGAUAAAGUCUUCCUUUGUAAUCCUGUGCUUCUGUAAAACAUUGGCUGUCAUUUAAUGCUUAGUCAUUCAAAUCUGAUUGAGCAGAAUAAUGACCCAAAAUCCAAAACAAUAAUUAAAUACCAAGUUUUCCAUUAGUAAAAAAAGUUUAAACAUAUUCAAUUUGAAGCAAACUAAUGAAACGUGAAGAAAGUCUUUCAUAGUGAAUGAAAAAUUAAACAUGUUCAAAUCUAUGUCCAAAACAUUAUAUUUCUAUAAUUUAAAUCUAUCUCUCUGUUUAGCCUCUCUAGCACCAAAACCUGCACAUAACUAUUAUGUGUGUAUGCAUUCAAUUUUUUUUUAAAAAUCCAGGCUUAUCAAUUCAGAACUGUAGUCCAUUUUAUGUGAGUUCUUAUCCAUUUAUUUCCAUUGUAUCUUCUACACAUAGUUUUGUUUUUUAAGUCAUACAAGGUUCAAGAUACCUUCAUUUGUUCCAUAUGAUUCCUAACUCAUAGUGUUCAAGGUUUACGUACAAUUUUUUCCUUUCAUUUCUUCCCAUGCCACUUCUUACUUUUCCCUCCUUUCUUCAUUUUUUACAUAAGACAGAGAUUGAGGCAUUACCAAGCAGAAAAGUUAACAGUUAAAUUGUCCAUGUUAAAGCCUUGUGUCUCUCUAAUUCUUGGAGUUUUACAUAGUGCUUUCUUCACAAUACCCCUGUGAACAGGACCUAGAAUAUUAUUACUCAUAAAAGUGAUAUUCCAAACACUGGUCACAAUAAUUACAGAAGCCCAGACUUUUCAACUGAAUCAUUCAGAAGCAAUAGCAAAGCUGAGAUAUAGCUAUCAAAUUACUCAUCCCACCUCAUUCAAAGUGAAUAUUUUAGUUAGAUGAGAACACAAUCAAUCAAGGACAUUUCAUGAUGUUUGAGAAGUCUGAUCAAUUUGUAAGAGUAAAAGCCACUCGAUACACUGGAUUGAUGCUGUGUAGACGUAUUGGUGUUGGCUAAAAAGCCUUGGCUAUGCCUUAUAAGUCUUCUAUAAAAGAACAGACCAGUUUCAACCCAUGAUUUGAGUCUUACAGCAUUGAGAAGAAAAGAGUUCUAGCCAAGUCCCUGAGAAAAAAACACAGAGGAGCUGGAUGAAGGAGAUGAUCUGUUUCCUUCCCUCUCCCAUGACUUAAAAGGAAGACAUUGUGAACUUGGAAAGGUGUGAGGACUUGGACAUCCUAGCAGUAUGCCCAGAACAUCGGCAGCUGAUAGCUGUGUCUGCUUUGAGCCAAUCACAAAUUAGACAUAAUGAAGAAUAGCAGCUUCAGAACUCUACCAGAAGCCCACCUGAAAGCUACACCAUUGUUACAAAAGAACUUCAUAAAGCCACACAAAUAGGAGAAAGGCACUUACAAGAAAAUGACGAUGGGACCUCUUUGCUGCUCUGUGGUUUCAUAUAUGCUUUUGAUAGUGUACCCCAACGCAGAGGGGAUGUUUGGUGCUGUUUUUAAUGCCCCUUGGUAAAUAACUUUUUAAAAGCUAAUCAAAUUUUUUUCUGGCUAAUUGACAUUAACUGCUAACCACGUAAAGUCACUAGUGGAGACUUGAGCUGUAGUACCAGAGAAACAACUCCACCCCCAAUCUUUAGAAUUCUUAGGGGAGUAGCAACGCUCUGGGGACCCAGCCUGGGAAAUAGUAGCCCAAGAAUAUGUGCAACAACUCCCAUUUCAUACAAAAUGAACCAGCUCUUGUGGAGUUGAAACUUACCAAAAUUCACACCAAUAAUGUCAAAGUGAGAAGUUUCAAAACUGAAAACAACUUAAAAAAUACAUAUUUUUGUUCACAAAAAAAUACUGUUUGAAAUAUUUAGAAAUUUCAGGAAGACCAGCAGAUUAUGGGUAACAGGUGAAUUUAAAAGGACAAAGAACAGUCCAUCAUUUUGGAAGUACUUCCUAGUAAAGAUAGGUUUUCAAUAGACUCUUCCUUCUGUAUGGAGUUAAAACAUUUUGUCCGAGGGUCACAAAUCUCACCAAAUCCCCUAGUUUUCCCAAACCUCCCCCAGGCUCCUUAAAAGGGCCUCCAAAUGACUAAAGCUGCUUCUUCACAAAAAAGAGCCCAUACUUUCCCUAUAUAUUGUUCAAGGGCCUCAUUCCUUGGUUGAAGAAGGGCCAUUUUGAAUAAUGAAUUUUCCAAAGCCACUAGUUAGAAAUCCUGCCAAUUGUGCCAAAAUACUGCAGUUGGUCUCUUCCCCCAAUCUCUUCUUGCCCCCUUUCCAUUUGAAAGUAGAACGUUUUGAAGAUUAGUCUCUUCACUCAGAUAUCUCCUAUUUCAAGUUUUCAUUUGAUAGUCUUUUCUCUGGUUGUGCCCUUCUUGGUAGAAAGCACGCCACCACUUUCACCUUGCCUGUUUGUCUCCAACUUUGCUUAGACACUGGUUUGAGCACAUAUUUCAGCUAAAGCUAAGGGUAAAGUUGUUUAAGAAAGAGCCUCAAUAAAAUGUUGAAAUUCAUUUUUAUGA